AUGGAUUGCUCGCGUGAUGAUAUUGAUGGAUUGUUGAAUGAUCAAUUUAGAGAUGUUGCACAGGCAAAAGGAGCUUAUAAUGGUCCAAAUGAAGAUGCCAAGAAAUACUAUAACUUAGUUGAAGAGGCAAGCCAAGAAUUAUAUCCUGAUUGUACAGGAUUCUCUAAAUUAUCAUUCACACUUCGUUUAUAUUUGUUGAAGUGUCUACACGGAUGGAGCAAUGAAUCAUUCACUUCUCUUUUAGAGUUAUUAAAAGAGGCGAUGCCCGAGUUGAACAUUCCUCCCUCUUACAAUAAAACCAAGUCUAUGGUCAAGAAUCUCAGCCUUGAUUAUGAGAAAAUUGAUGCAUGUCCAAAUGAUUGCCUGUUGUUUAGGAAUGAUCAUAAGGAUGAUAAAUUUUGUCAUACUUGCGGAGCUUCACGAUAUAUUGAAAAUCCUGAAGUUGAUGGUGAGGUUGAGUCUUCUAAAAAAUUACAUCGAGUUUCAGCAAAGACUUUGAGACACUUUCCAUUAAUUCCUAGACUCAAAAGGUUAUUUAUGUGCUCAAAGACGGCAGAUUCUUUGAGGUGGCAUGAUGAGGAGCGUUCAAAAGAUGGAAAGUUAAGGCAUCCCACUGAUGGUCAAGCAUGGAUUGAUUUUGAUAGGUUGCAUCCAGAUUUCGCACUAGAUUCUCGCAAUGUGAGACUUGGAUUAGCAAGUGAUGGGUUCAAUCCAUUUCGAACCAUGAGUAUAUCUCAUAGCACAUGGCCAGUUAUGUUGAUGACGUAUAAUAUGCCGCCUUGGAUGUGCAUGAAAUCUGAAUAUUCUAUACUUUCAUUACUUAUACCUGGGCCACGAUCACCUGGAAAUGACAUUGAUGUUUACUUACAACCAUUGAUAGAUGAGUUAAAAUUGUUGUGGAAUUCAGGGGUUGAAACAUAUGAUGCUUCAAGAAAUCAAACUUUUCAAAUGCGAGCAGCUCUUAUGUGGACAAUCAGUGAUUUUCCUGCAUAUGCUAUGUUGUCUGGAUGGAGUACAAAAGGAAAGUUUGCUUGCCCUUGUUGUAACUAUAACACUAAUUCUCACUAUCUUAAGCAUAGUCGGAAAAUGUGUUAUAUGGAUCCACCUUUAUUAAAGGGAACUGAUGUGCUUCAUAACUUAAAAGAUUUUGAAAAUGUGUUUGAAAAGAAGAUAAAGAGAUCAAAUAAUGGCCCAUGA